GGAAAAUGGUAUGGAAAUCGAAAUGAGCAACCGAUUCUAGCAUUUCAUGGAUGGCUUGAUAAUGCCGGAACAUUCGAUCGUUUAAUACCAUUGCUACCAGAGAAAAUUCCUGUUUUCAGCAUCGAUUUACCUGGACACGGCCAAUCUGAUCACUUUCCGACUGGAAUGAAUUACCAUCUGUACUGGGACUAUAUUUCGGUUGUUCGUCGUAUUGUCAAGCACUUUGGUUGGCAAAAACUGAAAAUGAUUGGUCAUUCAAUGGGCGCGAGUGUGUGUUUUAUGUAUGCGGCAUGCUAUGCAAAAGAUGUUGAACAAAUUAUUCUUCUUGAUUCGUAUGGACCCAUUAUUCGGAAUCAACGCAUCAAUGCUGCUAUUACUGGAUCUUUUAUUGAUAGAACCAUAAAUCUCGAUUCAACAUCCAAACAACAUCAAUGGACAUACGAAGAAGUGAUCGAACGAAGACUCGAAGAAGGUUCAAUUGAUCGUGAAUCGGUGAAAAUUUUAUUGAAGCGUGGUUUAAAUCCAGUUUCAGCAUGUAGCGGUGAACAAAAAUACACAGUUGCAGCUGAUCCAAGGUUAAGAUACAGUGGCCUGGGACUGUUCACAUUGGAACACAUUCUCACCUAUGCCGCAUUAAUUCAAUGCCCAGUGUUGAACAUCAGAGCAACUCCUGGCUAUAAAUUCGAUCGACCAGAAGUUUACCAGCAAGUACUCAAUGUUUUAAGGAACAACGUUGACGUUGAAUACCAUGAGGUGGCUGGAUCGCAUUAUUUACACCUGCAAACACCCGAAAAAAUUGCCAAUCUUAUUAGCAUGUUUUUGUUAAAUGUUGACCAGUUCUGAUCGAUGCUUCGAUAUCAAUGGGAAUGGGUAAAUUGCAAUGGGGAAAAAAAAAUUGGUUUGUAUUUUAUGUUUACGGUCGAGUAUUCUGGACUAUUGUUCUGGUGUUUUUUUUUGUCUUAAAAAUUUUCAAGUCUUUUUAGGACUAAAAAUUAAUUCAUUUCCAUAUUUAUUAUUCAAAAUAAAGUAAUUACGCCUAUUUUCAGAAAUGAAAUAAAAUCUAGAUUUUAAACAAUUCUGUUUUUAUGCACAUAUAUUUUUAUUAGUACUGUGGUUUUAAUCUGCAGUGUUAUUAAUUGGGUUGGUACGUAAGAAACUUGAUCGUGUAUCUUACAUUAAAGUUACGUAUUUUAAUUACUUCA